AGGGGGAGGAGGUGGAGCUCCCACACAGCCAGGAACACGUGGCCUUCAUGUUCAGCCUCCAGGCCCAGCGGGAGGAGGAGCUGCAGACCCUUCAGGAGAACUACAAGUCUGUCUACCUCCACCCCGCCACCAACGUCUGUGCCCUGCUCUCGGCCGGCUCACUGCUGCAGGUCGUGGACGAGGUGUUUGCAGGCCGAGCCAGGGCCGGCGUGGGCAUCAUCCGUCCCCCGGCCACCACGCCGAGCCGGACCGCCCCCACGGCUUCUGCUUCUACAACAACGUGGCCGUCGCCGCCAACAGGCUGGGAUGCCAAGGGUGCUGGUGGUGGUCUGGGAUGUGCACCCCUGCAGCGGCAUCCAGCAUGUGUUUGUGGCCGAGCCGAGGGUGCUGUACGUGUCCCUCCACUGCCACGACCACGGCCUCUUCUUCCCAUCCUCUGAGGACCCAAACUACGACGAGUGGGGACGGGACCUGGCCAAGGCUACAACAUUAACAUUACCCGCAACAAGAGUGGCAUGGGUGACGCAGAGGCUCUCACUCAGGUGGUGCUGCCCGUGGCCUUCCAGUUCAACCCACAGCUGGUCCUGGUCACUGCCAGCCUUGAUGUUGGUGCGGGGACCCACUUGGAGGUUGCCGCGUGAGUCCUGGUUGCUGUGGACAUAUGAUGGCCCUUCUGUCUGGCCUGGCCGAGGACCGCAUAGUUCUGGCACUGGAGGGCGGCUUCAACCUCACCACCAUCAGCUACUGUAUGACGCUGUGUGCCAAGGCCUUGCUGGGGGAUCUGCUGCCCCCCCUUGAGCCCCAGCUGGUGCCCAACAAGAGUGCCGUGCAGACCAUCAAUGACGUCAUCCGUACCCACAGCCGCUACUGGCCGGCGCUCUGCUUCAAGGUGAGUGUGGGGGUCUUUAAUCCGACCACUGCAAUUGGCACGGAUUUGGCCUUCACUGGUAGCCUGGUAACAUACAGUCCCAGGUCUUUCUCUGCCUCUGUGGUGAUAGUGGAGUGUUUCCCAUGUGGUAUUGGUGUGCUGGAUAUCCCCUCCCAAGGUGCAGGACUUUACAUUUUUCUUCAGUGAAUUGUAGCAGACACUUUUUGUUCCAUUGCUGUAGCUUGGUGAGGUCUUCUUGUAAGAAAUCCACAGUCAAGGGGUUAAGGGGCAGGACUGGUGAAAGUUAUCCCUCAUGUCCUGCUGGUGUGUUCUGUGCCUGGUAGUGUUGUCAGUACAUAAUAUAGAAAGCUGCCUCAUUUCCAGAACUAUAUAUUGGACAUGUAUUAGUUAGAUCUCUCAAAACAUUUCUUCAGUUCUCAGUGGCUAUAGAUAUUGUUGUUGUCAGACAGUAAGAAGCAAAACACAUUAUCCUCUCUAUGUUUUGCAGUCUUUUCUUGUAGUUUGAGUCCUUGUGGUGCCUGACCCUGGGCAAGGUUA